GGCUUCGGGGUUGCAGCUGGAGAAUAUUGGCUGGGGAACGAGGCCGUCCAUUAUUUGACCAGCCAGGCUGCCUACACGCUACGGGUGGAGCUUCUGGACUGGGAAGGCAACCAGGCUUAUGCCCAGUACGACAAAGUCCGGCUGACAGGCGAGCGCCAGCGCUACAGGCUUGCCCUGAAAGGCUACAAGGGCUCGGCUGGACUCCAAAGUGCCCUGCCUCUCCAGGGGACAUCCUUCAGCACUUGGGACUCCGAUAACGACAACUGCAUGUGCAAAUGUGCCCAGAUGCUCUCUGGUGGCUGGUGGUUUGAUGCCUGCGGCCAAUCCAAUUUAAACGGUAUUUAUUAUCCGGCUCGACACAACAUCCGGAAAUUGAACGGAGUCCGCUGGCAUUACUUCCAAGGCCCAGGAUACUCAUUAAAAGCCACACGGAUGAUGAUCAGGCCUUCCGGGGUCGCGUAACAAGACUAACCAGGAUGCUGUUCCUUUGAGUUCGGAUUGCUCAGAAUAACAGAGUCGGAGGGACCCUGGAGGUCUUCUAGUCCAACCCCCUGCUCGAGCAGGAGACUUUACACAAUUCUGGACAAAUGGCGGUCAAAUCUCUUCUUUGAAACCUCUAAUGAUGGAGCACUCACAGUUUCUGGAGGAAAAUCCCUUCCACUGGUUAAUUGUCCUCACUGUCAGACAAUUUCUCUUUAGUUCUAGGUUGGAUCUCUCUUCCAUUAGCAUGGGAGGAGAAGAAGGAACUUCAGGGCCCAUGUUGCUUUGCCCCAGGAUGGAGACCUCAUACCAUGCAAGAAGAAAAUUACAUUUCAGAGCAGCAAAGAAGCUUCUGGAGGCCUCCUGCUCCCCUAAGGAAGAGAAGAUAGAAGCAAGGUGAAAUGCUCCCGGUUUGGACCGGAUCGCCCGAUCCGGUAGCGAUGGCGGCGGGUGAUUCGGAGAACCGGUAGCAAAAAUACCUGCGCCCC